GUGCGUUGCCCAAAUUCAUUCCCUUUUCUGCGAGUGCAACGAGUUUGUGUCGCGUUGCAAGUGUUUUUUGUUGUUUAAAAAUAAAAAAAAUACAAAAAAACGUAAGUGAAUAAAUAUGGCGGAAUUGCAGAAACUAAGUGAUGCCAUUGUGCACGAAUAUCUCAAAACCAAGGACAAAAACUUAGCUCGCGUGUUUGAACAAAAAGUCAAUGCGCCGCCUGUGGGUAAAAAUACGCCAAAACUAUCAGAUAUAUUGUCAUUUUAUCAAAGCAAAAAUGCAAUAAAGAUUCCGCCAGUCAAGAGCGCAGGUACCGAAAGCGACAGUGAUGACAGUGAAGAUGAUACUGGAGCUCAGCCGCAAAAGAAAGCAUCUGUGACCAACGGCAAUGCUGCUAAAAAAGCUGCUGAUUCUGAUUCGUCAAGCAGCGAAGAGGAGAGCGAAGCUGAACAGCAGCCCGCCAAAAAGACACCAGUAAAGGCGGCGGCGCCUCCAAAGAAAGCGGCCUCAUCCAGCAGCGAAGACAGUUCCAGCGAAGAAGAGCCCGCCAAGAAGCCCGCUCCUGCGAAAGCAGCACCUGCUAAGGCAGCUCCCGCUAAAGCAGCUGCUGAAUCCAGCAGCGAGGACAGCAGCUCCGAUGAGGAGGUAGAGCAGAAGAAGGCCGCGACGGCAGUCAAGGCUGCGCCCGCCAAGAAAGCAGCAUCAUCCUCCAGCAGCGAAGAGUCCUCCGAGGAUGAAGCACCAGCCAAGAAGGCGGCACCAGUGAAGACAGUUGCCAAACCGGCACCUGCUAAAAAGGCAGAAUCCAGCAGCGAGGAAAGUUCCAGUGAUGAUGAGCCAGCAGCUAAGAAGACACCAUCUGCAGCCGCAGCUAAGCCAGCUGCUAAAGCCGCUGCUUCGAGCAGCAGCGAUGAUAGCGACUCCGAGGAGGAACAGAAGAAACCCGCAGCUCCUGCCAAGGCUGCUCCAAAGUCGCCGGUGAAGGCUGCACCAGCCAAGAAGGCUGCAGCCUCAUCGUCCAGCGAAGAUUCGUCGGAUGAGGAGGAAGCACCCAAAAAGGCAGCACCAGCCAAGCCAACGCCAGCCAAGAAGGCAGCAUCAAGCUCUUCGGAUUCAUCUUCCGAGGAAGAGGAGCCACCCAAAAAAGCCGCUGCUAAACCAGCUGCUGCGCCAGUCAAGAAAGCCGCAGCUAAAGAUGACUCUGAGGAUUCCUCAGAAGAUAGUGACAGUUCCGCUGAUGAAAAACCCGCCGUCAAACCGGCUGUGAAGAAAGCAGCAGCAGCACCUGCAAAGAAAGAUUCUUCAUCUGAAGAUUCUGAUUCUGAUGAGGAGGAAGCAGCCAAGCCAGCUGCCAAGGCGGCGCCAAAGAAGGCAGCUGCUAGCUCGUCGGGCAGCAGCUCAUCCGAUGAGGAUGAGCCGCCAGCCAAGAAGAAGCCCGUGGCCGCCAAGAAGGAGGAAAGCGAUGACUCCGAUUCCGAUUCUGACGAGGCAGAAACGGCGAAACCCGUUGCCAAUGGCAAUGGUCCGAAAGCAGGACAAAAACGCAAGUUUAGCGGUGGCGAUGAUGAGGGUGCAACACCCAACAAGAAGUACAACAAUUUCGUGAAAUCUGGAGAGCAGCAGCAAAACGGUUUCACGUCUACGCCGAAUAACGCACUCAACAAUCAGUUGAACAAGAGCAAUGGCAGUGGACGACGCCGGUCUCCAUUCCGGCGAGUGCGCACCGAGGAGAUCCAAGUAGAUUCACGCGUUCAAGACAUGUCCUUUGAGGCGAAGGAAGGAGGAUUCCAGAAGUUCAGCAAUGGUCGCGGACGCGGCGGCUCCGGAUUUGCCGGUCGCCCCGAUAGAAGCAAAUGGGAGACCAAUGGCGAUGGCGAAGGUGGUUUCAAGAAGUCUGGAGAUCGCAAAAGCUUUGGCGGCUUUGAAAACAAAUCCUUUGAUGGCGGACGUGGCGGUCGCGGAGGCGGCGGCCGUGGACGUGGCGGUGGCAAUGACCGUGGACGUGGUGGUGGCGGCCGUGGCGGCGGCGGUGGUUUUGGACGUGGUCGCGGCGGUGGCGGCGAUCGAGGUGGCCGUGGUGGAUUUGGACGCGGCGGCGGCGGUCGUGGAGGCGGCUUUGGCAAUAAAUCAUUUGACUCGGGGCCCAAGCAAAAUAAGAAAAUCACAUUUGAUAAUUAGUGCAUAGAUUAAAUUAGACACCGAACACAAAACUCAAAAAAAUGAUUUCCAAAAAUUUAACGAAUUAAGUUAUCAAUAUUUUUGAUAGAUAGAUUCGUUAACAUUUUUGGAGCUUGUUUUGUUGGCUUUUGUGUUUUACUAUAAGAAGGAGCCCAACACAGAAAUUCAAACACAUACAACACACUCGCAAAACAACAGACUCUUCACACGCAAAUCAACAAGAUAUUUUUAAAACAAAAAUAACUGUUAUAUAACAAAUUUUUAUACAGAAAAACGCUGCCGGCUCUUGGGGCGAGCGCGCCAACAAAGAUUUGAAAUUCACGCGUGGAAAAUCGUUCAAGCACGAAAAGACCAAGAAGAAGCGCGGCAGCUACCGAGGUGGUCAAAUUGACACGGGCGUUAAUUCAAUAAAA